AUGGUUUUUUGCCCGCAGGGUUAUUUUUAAAGAGUGGCAGCUUCAUAAAUCUCUGUCUCAGACACAGCAGGAAGGCUGGUGACAUGCUUAACACCUCAAACAACACAGCAAUGGAUGUCAUCCACGCCGGCCUCGACUAUACUGAUUACGACGGCGAUGACUUUCUAAACUACUCGUCGUGGAAUACAAGUAACAUCACAGACUUCAGCGAUUGGGAUUCUGACUUUUGUGAGGCUGGAGAGCAGGAGCUCACCAUCAAAACCUUCCAGAUUAGCAUCUUCUGCCUCGUCUUCCUGCUGGGCAUGGUGGGGAACUGCCUGGUCAUCGCCACCUUCGCUCUCUACCGCCGCCUCCGGCUGCGCUCCAUGACCGACGUCUUCCUGUUCCACCUGGCGCUGGCCGACCUCCUCCUGCUCCUCACGCUCCCGCUGCAGGCCGUCGACACUCUGGGCUGGAGCUCCUCCGUCACCCUCUACAGGGCCACGCGUGCAUGCUACGCCAUCAACACGUACAGCGGGCUCCUGCUGCUGGCCUGCAUCAGCGUUGACCGCUACAUGGUGGUGGCUCGAGCCCAAGAGAUGCUCAGGCUGCGCAGUCGGAUUCUAAUGGGCGGGAAAGUUGCCGCCGUUGGCGUGUGGCUGGUCGCAGUGCUCCUCAGCCUGCCUGAAAUCCUCUACUCUGAGGUGGCGUGGCAGGAGAGCGAGGCGUACUGCGGCAUAAUAAAAUGCGAAAGAGUCAAAAUGACCACCAACGGAGCCAUCAUCGCCGUCUUCUGCCUGUCCCUCUCCGUCAUGGUGACGUGCUACUCCUUGAUAGCUCGAGUGCUGUGGGAUGGGAAGGCACUCCGGCGGGGCAAGCAGUGGCAUCGGCAGCGCACCUUGAAGCUCAUGGUGGCUCUGGUGCUGGUUUUCCUGGUGUUCCAGCUGCCGUACACGGUGGUGCUGUCGCGUAAAAUGGCGGGGUCGUUCUGCGGUCUGCUGCUGGAGUACAUCACCUGCACUUUGGCGUACACCCGCUGCUGCCUCAACCCGAUCUUGUACGCUCUGGUGGGUGUGCGCUUCCGUAACGACGUGAUGAGGCUCGUCCAUGAUUCGGGCUGCCAUUGUGGGCUCCAGCUGGCUCCACAGAGUGUGAGCACCAACUCCAUCUCCAACUCCUCACCUGCUCCGGUGCUCCUGGCUAGCUCGCCAACAUCCCCCGGAUGCAGUUCCUUUGGCAACAAGGCUGUGCCUCCCACCAAAUUUCGGUUUCCGGGAACCAAAUAAUAUUUCAUGCAGUGGACUUUGAAUUAAUAUACAUAUUUCUCAACAGUAUACAUGAUGUUAGUGGUGGGCGACUGUGGCUAAGUGGAGAGCAGGGCCGUCCGUCAA